AUGAAGCGACUGAACUUAGCUGCACAGCCCCCGAGCCAAAGCGCCUAUUUAUCUUGUCCCUUCUCCUCCCCUCUGUCCUCGUGCACUCCCUUCCCUCUGCUCUGCUCUGCUCUGCUCUGCUCUCUGUCCCUCCGCCGCCGCCAUGGAUCAGCUCCGCCGCCCGCUGCUGCUGCUCGGGCUCAUCUGCAUUGCCCUCGCCGGCGCCUCCGCCCAGGGCCCCUCCACCGCCCCCACCACCACGCCCGCCCCUCCCACGCCUACCACCCCCGCCGCCGCCCCGCCCCCCACCACCACCACCCCCCGCCCACGAGCUCCCCCUCCCGCCGUGACGGCCCCGCCCCCGGCGACCGCUCCCUCCCCCGCGACCCCGCCCCGGUGUCCGCCCCGCCCCCGGCCACCCCGCCGCCCGCCACCCCGCCCCAGUCAGCGCUCCCCGCCGGCGACUCCUCCUCCCGCCACUCCUCCCCCGCCACCCCUCCCCCGGCGACCCCUCCUCCCGCCACUCCUCCCCGGCGACUCCUCCCCCGGCCACCCCGCCCCCGGCCGUCCCGCCGCCCUCUCCCCGCGUCCCCGCCGGCCCUCGUCCCAGCACCGGCCCCGGCGACGAAGCCGACGUCCCCGUCGCCGUCGCCCUCGUUGCUGAGCCCUCCGGCGCCGCCGACGGUGGCUCCCGCGCCGAGCCUGAGCCUCGGGGCUCCGAGCCCGUUGCAGAGUGAUCAGAGUGGGGCAGAGAAGAUCUUGUCGGUCCAGAACAUGGUGGGCAGCUUGGCUUUGGGCUGGGCUCUCAUGGGGUUGCUACUCUAG